AUGACGACAAGUGCGCGCCGCGAAGCUUUUCUCGUGCCGCCGCCGCCGCUCCUCGCAGCGACCGUUGCGCUUGCCGUACCGGUUCCGCAGCAGGAGUUGCAGCUGCAGGACACCGUCUUGCUCGACGACGUCGUGCAGGAGGCCGCGGAGGAGUGGUACCACGGGAGGCACCGGAGGACGGGCGUCGCGUACCCGCUCUCGCACCCCGGGAGCCUGUCGGGCGUCGAGGCCAGCGUGUCGCGGUUCCGCGCCGGCAGCCUCAGGAGGUACGGCGUCCGCCGGUUCGGCGAGUUCUCCGUGCCACCGGGACUCCCCGUGCGCUGCCGCGCCGCGCACCUGAUCGCCGUGCGCGUCAACCUGGGGAACCUCUCCUCCAUCUGCGACGAGUACACGGCGGGCACCGGGUACCGCCUCGCGUCGCCGGUGCUCGUGCUCAUGUUCUACGGCCUGGUGCGGCGCAAUGGCACGUCCGUGCUGGAGAUCAACCUCACGGACGCCGCCAUCCGCGUCAACUUCUCGAUAGCCGUUCCCGCGCUCCAGCCAGGGGCCGCGGCGCUCUGCAUGGCCGUGGGGCUGAACGGCAGCGUCACCGUGACGGACGUGGAGGCCGGGAGCAACACUUACCAUGCGUCGAACCAGGGCCACUUCGCGCUAGUCGUGGGAGGAGCAGGAGACGCCGGCGGGGAGGCGGACAUCGGGGAAGUGAACAAGUGGAAGCUGGCGCUGUUCCGCGCGGCUCUGGGCGCGGGCGGCACCGUGCUGCUGGGGAUGGUAGCCGUGGCGGUAGUGAGCAUCCAGCGGCGCAAGUCGGAGAUGGUGGAGAUGGAGCGGCGGGCGUACGAGGAUGAGGCGCUACGCGUGUCCAUGGUCGGGCACGUCCGAGCGCCGUCGGCGGCCGGAUCGCGCACCACGCCGGACGAGCUCGAGAGCGAGUACUGUGCCACAUUGUGA